ACAUGCGCGUCCCAACGCCCAACGAUCGGUAAAACCGAACCGGGCUGGGUCAGUAUCGGACCGCACCGGGCGGACGUUAGGGCCCGGGAGGGACAGGAGGCCCAGCAGCGCCACGCACUGCGCUCGCACUCCGAGCCGGUCCGCAGGCCUUCCCGGCCAGCGCAGCCGCUCAGCUGCUCUGGCAUUGAAAUAUUUUAGGAUAACAGGCCGAGUCUCGUAGUGUGCUGAGACGAUCGCAGCAGGAAGAUGGCGGACGACCCGAGCGCGGCGGACAGGAACGUGGAGAUCUGGAAGAUAAAGAAGCUGAUCAAAAGCCUCGAGGCAGCGCGGGGGAAUGGCACCAGCAUGAUCUCCCUGAUCAUCCCUCCUAAAGAUCAGAUCUCUCGAGUGGCCAAGAUGCUGGCGGACGAGUUCGGCACAGCAUCCAACAUCAAGAGCCGAGUCAACAGGCUGUCUGUGCUGGGCGCCAUCACCUCUGUGCAGCAGAGACUCAAACUCUACAACAAGGUGCCCCCUAAUGGACUGGUGGUGUAUUGUGGUACCAUUGUGACAGAGGAGGGAAAAGAGAAGAAAGUGAACAUUGAUUUUGAGCCUUUUAAACCCAUCAACACUUCCCUGUAUCUCUGUGAUAAUAAAUUCCACACUGAGGCUCUGACUGCACUGCUGUCAGAUGACAGUAAGUUUGGCUUCAUUGUGAUUGACGGCAGUGGUGCCCUGUUCGGGACACUGCAGGGGAACACCCGGGAGGUGCUGCACAAGUUCACUGUGGACCUGCCCAAAAAACACGGGCGGGGUGGGCAGUCUGCUCUGCGCUUUGCUCGUCUGCGGAUGGAGAAGAGACACAACUACGUGCGCAAAGUGGCAGAGACAGCUGUCCAGCUCUUUGUGUCCAACGACAAGGUCAACGUGGCGGGCAUGGUUCUGGCUGGGUCCGCUGACUUCAAGACGGAGCUGAGCCAGUCUGACAUGUUUGACCCGCGGUUACAAGCCAAGGUCCUGAAGCUGGUGGAUAUUUCAUACGGAGGGGAGAACGGCUUCAACCAGGCCAUCGAGCUGUCGGCAGAGGUGCUGUCCAACGUCAAGUUCAUCCAGGAGAAGAAGCUCAUAGGCCGCUACUUUGAUGAGAUCAGUCAGGACACGGGGAAGUACUGCUUCGGGGUGGAGGACACGCUGAAGGCGCUGGAGAUGGGCGCCGUGGAGAUCCUCAUCGUCUACGAGAACCUGGACACCAUGCGAUACAUCCUGCGCUGCCACGGCGCCGAGGGAAACACUUCUGAGAACGAUGAGAAGACCCUGUACCUGACACCAGAGCAGGAGAAGGACAAGUCUCACUUCACAGAUAAGGAGACAGGGCAGGAGCACGAGCUGAUUGAGAGCAUGCCGCUGCUGGAGUGGUUCGCCAACAACUACAAGAAGUUCGGCGCCACGCUGGAGAUCGUUACAGACAAGAGCCAGGAGGGGUCACAAUUCGUCAAGGGUUUUGGGGGCAUUGGAGGGAUCCUGCGAUACCGGGUGGAUUUCCAGGGAAUGGAGUACCAGGGAGACGACGAUGAGAUAUUUGAUCUGGAUGACUACUGAGUAGUCGAGACUGGCGUGGGGGACAGAGAAGUACAGCAAAAAGCCCUCACACACAGAGAGGCAGCAAGAGAAAGCAUCUGCACAUCUGCCCCUGCCUGGGAACAGCCAUUCCACCCCUCGCUCAGAUUGGACAUUUCUACAUCCUUUUUCUCCGCUAAAUUAACGUGAAGCAGCAGCAGGACCCAGCCCUCAGACUCUCCUCUUUCUGGACUCACACUUCUUAUACAGAAAUAUAUUUUUCUUUAUUACCCUCAUCCCUAUCCCUCUCUCCUUCUCUGUUUUCUUUUUUACUGGCUGCUGUUAUGUUUUAUGAGAGUUUGGGUUUUUUUUUUACCUGGGUUUCUGUAGCGAAUGGGGAAAGAGGAUUAAAUUUGAACUAUUUAACACCAUCUCUGCUCUGGCCACGCCUCCAAUUUCAUCCGCUUCAAUUCUGUGCCAGUCAGGAGGAGCCUGUGCUGGGGACCGUGGCCGAGCUGACCCAGGGCUGGCCUGGGGGGCGCAUUGAGGGCCCUGCAGUGUUACUGGCUGUUAGAGUCUCUGCCACAGUUCAGAUCAUUCACUAAAAAACCUGUUCAAAACAUGCCCUUAAUUCAGACACAGAAAAUUUGCCAGGGGGUUGGGCGUGGCUGCUGUGUGCUGCACAUCCUUCCUGCUGAAACUGCUGGCUCCUGAUCAUCCCCGUCCGAAAGGGCUGAGGUCUCUGCCUUUCCCUCUCUUCCCCGUCCGAAAGGGCUGAGGUCUCUGCCUUUCCCGCUCUCCCCCGUCCGAAAGGGCUGAGGUCUCUGCCUUUCCCGCUCUCCCCCGUCCGAAAGGGCUGAGGUCUCUGCCUUUCCCUCUCUCCCCCGUCCGAAAGGGCUGAGGUUUCUGCCUUUCCCUCUCUCCCC